AUGACUAACAGAGCCAAUAGUCUCGGUAUAAGUCAUGAAAAUUCUCAGGUACGUCUCGUUUCUGAGAGCCGAGUGCAAGGAGUUCAAAUCCCUGCAUCGGUUAAUGUGUUAUCUCAAUCACCUGCGACAAUCAGAAUCAGCUCAACAGAUACUAAGCGACUUGAUCCAAGCUUUUUUUACAAAGUAACUACAAUCAACACAACUUUAAAAACUUAUUCUGAGAUGAAGACUAGAUGCAUAGGAUCAUUGGAUACAUGUGAUUUCAGCUUGCAAGGAACUGAGAAAUCGUGCUUAGAUAAUGGACAUGUUAAAAUUAAAUUUCCCAACAAUAACACUUACAUUGGUCAAGUGAAUUGCAAGCAGAUGGACGGGGAUGGUGAAUAUCGAUGGGCAUUCGGACAAACUUACAAGGGACAAUUAGAACAAAAUUCGAUCCAAGGUAAAGGACGAAUUGAAUGGAAUGACCAUAGUUGGUACGAGGGUGAAUUUUACAAAGGUCACCGCCAUGGCAGUGGCAAUCUCGUAUCUCACGAAUACAAGCGUUUUUAUAUCGGACAAUGGUACAUUGGCCGAAAGCAUGGAAAAGGAUACAGUCGUUACAACGAAUUAGACAGUGAUUUUUACGAAGGCGAAUGGAAUAAUAAUCAAAAACAUGGUACUGGUUAUCGUCAUUGGGCAAAUGGUACCCGAUACAUUGGUCAAUGGAAUGAAGACCAAAGACAUGGACUUGGAACAAUGAUUUGGUCAAAUGGAGAUGUAUAUCGGGGAGAAUGGGAAAAUGGAAUGAUGAAUGGCUAUGGAGAGUACAUAUGGAAUGGAUUUUUUAAUAAAUCUCUUUCCUGGCCACGAGAAAAUUGCUAUAUGGGUGAAUGGCUCGACGGAAAAAAACAUGGACAGGGAGUUUUAAAAUUCAACUCUAUUGGCGGUGCUAAAUAUUCUGGUAAUUGGUACAUGAAUGAGAAACAUGGCUAUGGUAUAAUCAUCGGAAAUAGUGGCGCUGUGACAAAGGCAGAUCCUUUGUUUUUAAACAACGUCUUAACACCAUUAAAAAGCGAUGAAACUUAUGUAGUAAAACUAGAUUCAAAACCAUCCAACGAUGUUGAGCUGUCUAAAUGGGAAAAAAAUUAUUCAGACACUGCAGUUGACGAAACAUCCAGGGUGGAGUACGAAGAGCCUCGGGAAACGACACUUCCGCGACCCAUGCACUUAGUAUCGUUAUCCUAUUAUGUUCACAGAUUAUUUAAUUCAGGACAAACGCAGAAAUCUUCUGUUCACACCGUCAUCCCAACUGGCAAAUGCCAUGUGUGUGCUAAUGAGUCCGCAUGCUCCUGUUUGCAUAAUCAUCAGUCAGUUGGGAAAUCUACGGAAACGUUGGAGGUAAGCUCGGAAACUCGUUCUGGAGGAAGUCUCUCUGCUGGUACAAGCUCAUCUGGUGAAAGGAAAUGCGUGGAAAAUUCAGGAAAUGAAAGGGAACGGACGAAAGAAGAUUACGAAAAACACUGGGUUUACAAUUGUCUGUUAAGGCACAUGCUCAUAUUACGAAAGAUAUAUGAACAAUAUGCUAAAUUAUAUUGCUACGAAAAGACGAAAAGUUACCGCCACUUUUCGAUGGGUAAAAUGGCACUUUGGCAGCUAAUGCGAGACUGCGGGCUUCAUAAAAAAGGCAUCAGCUUGGUGCAAUUCGAACGGAUGAUCGCAUUUAACAAAGCGACCUUCAUCGAAGCUCCUUAUCACCCUUUCGAAAGAAUCGAAAUCUGGCAAUUUAUUCACAUGCUACUAGAAGUUUCGUGGCAUCUUUAUACAAAAUUGGGUGACAUUGAAACGGAAGCUGUGCGUGGAAAUCUAGCUGGUGGGUUGUAUCGGCUGAUUGUUAAUGAUAUUAUACCCAACGCUGGAAAGCAUAUUGGAAAUAUCUGGAGUACCUAUCGAGAUUUAUUGCCGAUUUAUUCCGUCUAUCAAUUGUACUGCGAUAUCGGAGAACCGCAUUCAGCAAAAACAUUUCUUCAAGCAACUUGCAUUGUGAAAGGUACCAGCGUUCCAGAGCCUCUAUCUCGAGUAAAAGUAGACAUCAAGAUUCCGGUACACUUGGUAAAUGGGAUAAACGCUAUUACUAUCGGCGAAAAAGUUACUUACAUUCCAGCACCUCAAACAACUGAUUCUAGGAGCUUUACGACAGUAUCUAUAGAUCAUUUAGCAUCUGAAUUAUUAGCUCUACGGCACAUCGGAGCUCCACAGAUGAUAUCUAUAAUGGCAAAAAUAUGUCCAUCUAUAAUAGACCAGGAAAGCGGGACGAUCAUCAAUAUGAAUUACGAGCUGACAUUUCUCGAAUUUUAUGAAAUAGUCCUGGAAGCUGCACAGGUGUUGAUCUACACCCAGAAACUAUAGGCCCAAAAAAUGUCUGGGAAAGUGGAUGCAGUGGCAAAUGCUUAAUCCGAAACACGUUUUCAGAAUUUCUAUUUUAUGCGGUCUAAACGCCAGUGUCAUUGAGAACUUCCAAGACCGUCUAAAAGUUGACCCAAUUAUAGUAGAAGGUAUUGGAAUUAUUCUGACAUAAUCUGCAAACGUUGGAAGCUCUCUCUUUUUACAUGAAAUUUAUUCACGUAAGUACAUAUGUUAUUCCACAAAAUGUAUGUUCUCAAAUAUAAUAGAUAUCCAGUAUAUAAGCGAAUAAUAAAGUACGUAAACUAUAAGUACCAUGCUAUCGAUCCAGAAUAUCAAUUGUCAACAUUGCUACAAUAAAAAUUUUGAACGAAAAAAAAUAUA